GGCUGAUUUAAAGAUUUCAAUGUUUAGAAAAUCAAAGUUGGUAUAUAAAAUCUGAUUUGUAAGGUUACCAAGCAAGGGAAACAAAAUGGGUGGGCAUAAAGUUGCCAAUCCGACAGUCUUGUACUAAUGUCUACAAUUGUGGAUCAACAACCAAUGGUGGCAGAUCUUGGAGGACCGCAUCUCGGGGCGCCGUCUUCCUCGUCCGCCCGUCCGUUGCCGCAGGGCACCUUUGCUGCACGGCAGAAGGUCUCAAUCGUACCUAAUGGAAGUCCUCCUAUCAAUUUCCUGCUUUCCAUCUCAGUUUAUACGGAGUACAUUUCAUACCGUACUCGAGGAGGUCUGCUCGGCCUAGAAGCAGAUUCCAAGUUCAGCUAUGUCUUUGCCACGGGCCCACAACGACAUCAGUUAUUUCUCCUCAAACAUUAUCUUAAUUACCUAGAAUUUCGCUGUGAGACAUACACUCAAUUACAGAGUCUCUAACUUUUAAUUUUAAAAGUAAAAUUAUGGGACAAUAGCAAGAGCC